AAAAUUUUCACAUGAAAACAUGAUUUAGAUGAGAGAAAAAGUAUUAAAAAAAGUAUAAAAGAGAGAUUCGUGAGGAAAUUUUUUUUAAAUCUAAUGAGAGUGCUGUUAGCACGUGUAGUAGAAGGCAAAUUAAAUUGGGGAAAGUCGAAUAACAAAGGGGAAAGGGGGAAAUGAGCAUUCUGCAAUUGCGCGACUGAAGAUACGGAUCACUAUGGAUAAAGCAAAACAGCUACUAGAGUUACGCGAUAACGAGUCUGAGAUCGUUUCGCAACUCGCUGUUAACCCACACGAGUUUCAAGUAGGACCGAGUUUCUACGAGGAUUUUGCCCUCAGAGGCAUCCGAGUUGACCGAGUCGAACCUGGGAUGAUUUUCUGCUCAUUCAAAGUCCCUCCUCGUCUUAUUGAUAGAGCUGGAAAACUAGCUACUGGUGCAAUCGCCAAUCUCAUAGACAUAGUUGGUAAUGCAUUGAUUUAUGGAGUUGGCCGACCAAUGAACGUGUCUGUCACCAUGUCUAUCUCCUAUCUGUCAACUGCUGAGCUUGAUGAUGAGUUAGAGGUUACAUCAAGACUGUUAGGCAAAAUUGGAGCUGUGUCUGGAACAUCCGUGGUUAUAAUGAAGAAGGCUUCUGGAGAAAUUGUUGCUGAAGGACGGCAUUCAUUGUUUAGCAAACUCCAGAGUAAAAUCUAAUACUAUUUGAUAAUUUUUUUUCGAAAUUACAGAGUAGGCUAAGAAAAGGGAGGGACUAGUAGAGAAUUGAGCUUAGGUUUGUUGCCUGAGAAAGUAACACUUGUUUGAACUGAGACAAGACUCGAUUCUCACAUUUGCGAUAAUAUUCUUUAACACUAUUGUAUUUUACAAUGAGCUCACAAUGUCAAUUAUCUGUGUAUUAGGUUCUACCAUUAAUCAAAAGCGAGCAAUAAAAGUAAUUCUUAGCUUUGCAAGUA